AUGAUCGUUUAACAUCCGAAUUAUGCAAUAUCACUCCCAACCAGGAGGGGCAGUAAGUCUCCAUUCAAGCGUAGAAACACGAAAUAUUGAGCGUUUAAAUGGUCUUUGUUUUGGGAGGAUUCCGAGCCCUCCGUCUUCGUAAUUGAAAACUAAAGAACAAAAUGUAUGACAGGUAUGUUAGUUUCCUCGUAUACCUUUUUGUUUCGUAGAUGUAGAAGCCCCUUUCGAUUUAAAUACAGCUCUAGGUCUUCUUAAUGUUGUUAGCUUACUGUCAGCUGGAGCUUCUACCUUCAUGUAGCGGCGUUCAUCCGUCUUCUUUGUGCCAACAAUGUACCGUAUGUGCUACAACAACCAACACACAACUGGUAUCCUUCAUUUGUAUUAAUGCAUUUGGCAACAGCAUGAAUGAUCGUGUAUUUAAAUAAGUCAACAGUUGAGAUGGAAGAAAACCAGUACACUUCAUUGACGGCUCCUACGGAUUAUUUCCAGCAGUGGUACCAGUCCAGCCAGCAGCACCCUGAGGCCCAGUAUGGGAUGCCCUAUCACAACAUGGGCUAUUACACAGAAGGUCCCAACGACGAGCUCGUCAUGGCCGAGCUGUCUGUCCACCGAGAGCCGCAGAUUAUCUCUCACCAGGAACCUGUUUAUCAGAACUGCCACCCCCCGGCCUCAAAUCACUACCAGGAGUCAGCCUACCAGCAGAACGUCAGGGACCAGCAGCACCAGCAGCAGCAGCAGUAUCCUUCACAGCAGCAUCCUGCACAGCUUCAACACCCUCAGCAUCAACAAACAGCCCAACAGCAGGCACCAAAUGUUCAGCACCAACCUCAGCCUGCUGCUCCCUCUCAAGUUGUGACGCCUGUGAAAAAGAAGAGAGGCCGGCCUCCGAAGCACCAGUCGGAGGACGGAAAAAUCAAGGAGGAGGACGAUGAGGUCGAAGCCGCCAAAAAAGCCAAGAGGGCCCUCAACCGCUUUAACGGCAUGUCUGUGGCUGAGGUUAUGGCCAAGACGCUGCCGGACGUCAUUACCUACAAUCUGGACAUUCUGAUAAUCGGAAUUAACCCAGGACUAUUGUCAGCCUACAAAGGACACCAUUACCCAAACCCAGGAAACCAUUUCUGGAAAUGUCUGUUUCUCUCUGGUUUCACUGACGAGCAGCUGAACUACAUGCAUGACCAGAACCUACCGGAGAACUACAGCAUCGGCUUCACCAACAUGGUGGAGAGGACCACACCUGGCAGCAAGGACCUCUCUAGUAAGGAGAUUCGCGAAGGAGGAAAACAAUUACUGGAAAAGCUGCAGAAAUACAAGCCAUUGAUAGCAGCAUUUAAUGGAAAAGGUAUUUAUGAAAUCUUCUGCAAGGAAACAUUCGGUGUGAAGGCAAAGAAUCUUGAGUUUGGUCUGCAGCCCUACAAAAUCCCAGAAACGGAGACAGUGUGCUACUUGAUGCCGUCUUCGAGUCCCCGUUGUGCACAGUUUCCUCGUGCACAGGAUAAAGUCCAUUUCUACAUCAAGCUGAAGGAGCUGCGAGACCAAAUGAAGGGCAUCGCUCCGAGCAUUGAGGUUAAAGAGACGCAGUACUCGUUCGAUCUGCAGCUGGCUAAAGAGGAUGCCAAGAGGAUGGCAAUCAAAGAAGAGCAGGUGGAUCCAGAGUAUGAGAGCUGUGGUCGGCUGAACAACGAUUCAAGUCAAAGCAGCAGCUCCUUCAACUAGAAGAGUCGGAGGAGAUGGGAAACAACAGGCCUGUCUGCUGAAAAGACAGAUAUGGAUGUAGCGGAUGCCAUGACAUAAAACCCCUACAGCUGGACAUGUUGGCUCCACAGAUAUCAGCUGUACUCGUAGCAUGAUGCAUCAACGAUGGUAGGCCCUCUGCUGACAACACAGAAAAAAAGAAGAGGAAAUAAAUAAGACAUCACAAUGUGACGCACAAGGGAGAAAGUCCCCACAUCGGUUACAUUUUCUAACUCUCAAACAGACUGUGCAUGUUUUUGGUGUUAUUUUCUAUCACUAUUUAUUGCAUUUUGUACUGUAUGUGUGUCCAGUGACUUAUUUUUGUAUUUUUCAAAGAAUAACAUUUUAUGAUUUAUCAGCUGUAAAAAAGGUAAUUUUACUCUGGAAUUUCUAAUUUGUAAUUACAGAGUCAUUAAAUCUCUUCUCAAACAGGA